AGCGACUCAUAGUCGGAUACAAAGAAAGGGAUUUCCUAGCUACCAAAUGAGCUACCCUAUUGUUCUCCCGACCUACAAAGCGCACACUAAAGCCAGGCUGCGUACGAAAAUAAUGACCGAUCUCUUCCAGAACAGCACCCAACCGGCUAUCUCUUAUAUCGCCUUGAUUAAUUUUGUCAAUAAUCACCUUCGCAUCGCCCUCAAACCAGACCUCCGACAAGCAUUGUUCCACACACCAAACAAUAGCUUCCCUGAGCACAAGCAAUUCCACAACAGCAGGGUCAUCCAUUUGGGGAAACUGAACUCCUCUAGCCAGAAGAAGGGUCUACGCUGGGUCAAGAAGAACCAUCCCACCAGCCGAAUGCGACCCACCCUUAGUAGCCCCGUCCCACAUGCAAACCAAAUUAAUCAAGGCGUCGAAUUAAGGAUUCCCCCCCAAAAAAAACUACCAUGGUUAAUAAAACUAAUUCCCUACAUAUAUACAACACUUGCACUAAAAAUUUCCAAAAUACUAUAUUUUGGGGGUUGUUCGCUGGUGUGUCAAGCAAACAAGUAAGGGGCUAACAAGUUUGAUCUAAGAGUUAAAAAGGGUUUAGUCAUUUGACUAAACAAUGACUAAACAACUUUUAGUUAUAAGAUCUUCUCUUAUUUAUCCUCUCUGAGAUAAAUCAAGAGAUAACAUUAUAAAAUAGACCAUCAAACCCCAAUGAACCCUCCCAUUGCAACACACCGGUGAAGCCACCAUAAAAAGAAAAAAAGAAAGAAAAGCUAGCUGUGCCUAGUUGUAGAGAAGACGUACAACAACAAAGUUUUAAAACGCGCCACUGUAUGAGCAGUCCAACUUGCGACUCGCAAGACCGCCCUAUAAGCAGGGCUCUCUCUCAUAAAAUCCAUCAACACACCACCUUGACAAAAUUAACGAACCACCACCUCGAUCGGAAUGACCUUCCAGGAUCAAAAGAGAUGAUCUUCGAGAAACAAAAAGUAAACCGAUCGGGAGUCUCUUACAGUACAUAGCCCUGCACACAAAUUAAGAAUUCAAAGACUAUCAGAUGGAGAGCCCCUAAUCACCAACAAAGACAUGCCCUUCCGAACCACGCACAACUAGACCAGACAAACAUCUAGAAUCACAGACAACAUCUUGUAUCAUAUCUUACUUAUCUUUUUCUUUAACAGCGGAUAGUUCUUCAAAUCACGUCUUCUUGACAGCGGAUAGUACUUGUUCAAUCUCGAGUUAGGUAGCCGUAGCCGUUAGUCAAACAAAGCAUACGUCCCCUCCAAAAAAUUUCCUCCAUAGCGGCGCCGCCCGGCCGCUGGCUUAGGAUCAGAUCAGAGAGACCACCAGCCCUACGAUUCCGUACGUGUCCCAAUUUGAUCCACAUGAUCAUCCCUCCCGCUACGAAUACUGCUGCUGCCAAAUCUUCUUCUAUAUAUAUAAUGUAAAUCUCAUCUCCUCAUCUUGCAAUUAAUUCAUUUCUCAAAAGAUCAGUUUGGAAAACAGCACAGCAAAUCGUUGUAUAAUUGCACUCAUGGCGGCGUCCGCGAAGCAGUGGCUAAUGAUGAUGAUCAUGACGCUGGUGGUGGCGCUUGGGUUUUUUGCGGCGACGGCGUCGGCGCAGAGUACUAAUCCUUGUGAAUUCGAAUCUCCUCCGUUCGUCUGCCCUUUCACCUGCACCAGCCCUAACCCCGUCUGCGGCGCUAACGGCGUUACCUACCGUUGCGGUUGCCCUGACGCAGCUUGUGCCGCCGUCAGAGUCGUCAGGAGCGGCCCCUGUUAAUAUUAAUUGUAACUCUGUUUUAUGCAUGUAAUUAAUAACUGGGAGGAAUGAAUUUUCAUCCCUCAGCUGCCAGGCAUGCUUUGUUGCAGCUUGGAUACGUAAAUAAUGCACAACAACUAUGAAUUGUUGGUGGCUUUUACUCUGUUAUGUGUAUUUUAUCUAAAUUUGGGGAUGAAGGAUUACUAUAUUUAUUCGAAUAGUAUAAAUUUUGUUUCCGUAGGUAGAUGCUUGCUGAGCAUGGAAUCUCAGUUCAUGGGAAAUAAUUUACUGUCAGAUGAAUUAUGAUGGUUGUUUGUGGUGGGGAUUAUACAGUAGAUUCUAAAUUUGAAUGCUCUUUGAUUUCAAAUAAACGAAGAUGGUGUUACACGCGAUUAAUUAAGAUCUCUGGGGACAGUGUCCGAACGGGAGUGUUUUGAUGUUUUGGAAGAAUCUACUUUAGAUUACUCCUGCACAUGUGAAGACUUUGUGAGAGAGCUCCAUAUAAUAACUGAGCCUACGACCCCAACCGGUUGUCCUGGUGGCAAUGUGAGAAUGAGAACAUUCACCAUAUCUUGAAUUCGAACUCAUAGGGGAAUCAUUUGUAGAAGGAAAUCUAUACAUUUAGCUGUUGCAAAGAAAAUAUAAUAAAAUGAGAUGUAGUAAGGAUUACCAAUGUCACGUUGAAAUUGGUAACGAGUUGGUGUAAUUCUCUACUUUAGAAAAUUAGUACCAUAUCGAUAAUGAGUUGGUGUAAUUCACGUUGAAAUUGUAAUUCUAAAACUAAAUACAACAAUUUAACUAUGUAAAUAAUAACUACAACUACAAAGUACUACUACAACUCAUAGUUAGCAUGGUAGUAAGGAUUACCAAUGUCAUACAUUCAAUGUUAUCAUUAUCAUAUUUUAGUUGUAGAAACUGAUGAAGUGGAUAAGUCAUACAAAUGCCACCAACUACUUCCAUGACACUCAAAGUCAAAUCCCCUUUGCCACAGCCCACAGCAAGGAGAAGUCAAAGUCAAAUAAUGCAACGCGCUAUCCCUAUUUUUUAUUUUAUACAUUAAAUUACAGUUUAGCUA